AUGGACGAAGCCGACUUUUCGGAAGAUAUGACUUAUAAGCAACAGGAGGACCUGCCUUACGAUGGGGACUUCUCUCAGAUGAAGAUGUGCACUUCUUACAACUUUACCUUAACAAAUGACACCUUUCCUGUCUCAGCGGAAGUUGUUCUGGCAGGAGAAGACCCUCAGGAAGUGGCUGCUCACUGUGAGGUGCGCCAGAACACAGCUCUGCCAGCAACUUGGGAUAAGACGACUGAACUUGUCAGCAGCAGGCACGAUAAAGAUGAGCAAUGCGCCUUGGCUUCUCCUGUUCCAGCUAAUAAAGAAGAUACCUCAAAGUCCCCCGUCUCAGAUAUGUUACUCCAUCAUCUCUCCAAAGAACAAUUCUACAGGGGUCAAGGUACUGGCUAUGAAAUUCUCCCAGAGACUUUGAAUGCUGAGAGUGUUGAUGACACUCCAUGUUAUGCAAAAAAGUAUUACCCCAAAGAACAAACCCCAGAAUUCACUGGCCAGCCCAGUCCCCAAAAUGGUUCAGCAAAUAACAGCAAGCCCUGUUACUCCCCUGACACAGAAGGAGAAAAUACCUCUCCCUUAGAAAAACCAGUGACUGUUGGGAAGAGCGACCAUCAGGAAGAUCCAAGCUUUCUAACCAGAACUAAAUGUCCAGGUGGUAAAUAUAAAAGCUCUCUAAGGCAGACACCCCAGAGACAGAUGGCUGACAAAGCAAGUUCAGGCAACUGGUUCAGAUACAGCCGGGCUCAAGUGCACUACCAGUUUCCAGAUUUUUCUAAGGUUGCUCCCAAGGUGAAAAUCUCUAGGAAUCCUGUAACUAAUAAACCACUCACAAUGGCUAACCAAGGCAGCUAUUCUCCUAGGUUGAGAAAUAAAUCAACAGUUGUGCAAGAUAAUUUAGGAACCGUGUCUGGGCCAAAUCGUGUUGAAAAACAACUAGAGCAAAAACAGAAAUUUACUGAACCUUCGCAACAAAUACAGGUGCAGCCUGCCAUACACACCUGCCAAGAACCUCUCACAGGACUUGAACCUGAGAAAUGUCGCUUGAAUUUGACACCGACACCUCAAAAAGGUCCUUUCUCAAAUUCUUACAUAUUUCAAAAGAUCUCCCAAGGAAAACAGAUGUGCCAGAAACUGAAAGAGCAGACUGACCAGCUGAAGAAUAAGGUACAAGAAUUUUCCAAAAGAAUAAAACAGGACUCUCUCUGCUGUUUGCAAGACAUAAGGCUGAUGACUAAGGAGCACGCUGGCUGUUUUCCAGGGCCCUGGGGCUCACGAGGAAGUGAGGUGACAGGGCUGCCAAGGGGAGGGCCACAGGAGGCCACCUCCAAGGAGCUCAGUGAGCUGGCCCCGAAGAUAAAACAGAAAAUGGAGAAAAGGGGCCACAGAAGGACCAACUGUGGGAAGUUUUCCAGUAGCAUCCCUGAAAAAACACUGGCCCAAGAUUCGCCUCUCGGUUCUGAUCCAGGGCUCAGCUUCUGUCCUGAUCCCGGCACUGGGCUACAGAGUAACAAAUGUGAGGCCUAUGAAAGCAAGACUGGGAACUCCCAGAGUAUCUGUGAGGAAGACCCACCGAAAGAAUUUUAUUAUAGAUAUGACACUCCAGGACAAGAUGACUUAAAUCACAGUGGAGGAUAUACCUUUGUCCAGUCUCACUUCUUACAUGAAAAUAAAAUCUCUUCGCCUUCUUGUUUAAAAGCAAAAUGGAUCUGGCCCUGGAGAGUGAACUCAGAACCCUUUCAAGAUGAGCAUGAGCCAGCAGCAGGAAAACAUUCCAAGACAUCCCUGACCUCUACCUCAGACCCUGCGCCACCCUUGCCCCACCGCUGCUUCUGUGGGAUUCCUAGAAUCCAGUCCUUAUGUUCCAGUAGCAGCAUGGAAGAAACGGAAUCUAAGAUUUUAAACUCACCUUUGGAUCAUGCCUUAAGGACAACAACCAAAUUGAAAAAAACCACCGACCAAAUGAUUAAAUCUAUUGCAGAAGACCUCGCCAAAGCACAACAAUGGAGACACCAGCUAAGAUACUACUAA